AAUAAAUUCCUCGUUUUAUUACUUGUAAUGGGUAUAAAAACUUGCAGGUCGAGUAAGUAAAACAAUCAAUUAAUUUCCAAAGAUCAUAAGGAUAAGUUGUGUUUGAAAUAAGUUGAACAUCAUGUUAAGAUAUUUAUGUUUAGUUGCAUUAAUUGCCAGCAUCUAUGGUGCUCCAGUGAAUGAUACAGUAAGCUCACCUGAUGUAGUGGUACCAGCAGUGCAACCAACUCAUAUCAACUCCAAUCCUUCACUUGUUAAUACCGCUGAUAAGCAUGAACAGGAAGUUGUUGGUAAAAAAUUGACUACUAAAUCACCUGAAGUUGUGGAAAUUUUAGAAUCCGGUUUGGAGCAUCAAACGGAUGGUUCUUACAGUUUCCAUUAUCGUGGGUCCGAUGGCAGUUUCCGCGAAGAAACUGCAGUUGUCAAAAAUCCGGGUACCGAUCAUGAAUACUUAGAAAUAACUGGAGCUUAUUCAUUCUUUGAUGCCGAUGGCAAAGAGGUCGUGGUUCACUAUAAAGCCGAUGAUAAAGGUUUUGUUCCGGUUGGCAAUAAUAUACCCGACGUUAUAUCUGUAGCAGCCCGUGAAAAUAGUCAACUUCCUCCUUUGAAAAAAUUAGAGGAUUUUGACGAUUAAAUUUUAAAA